GGUAGAUAAAGCCGGGGAAAAACAGGAAUGCCCGGUCCGGCGGGAGGGCGGCAGGAAGCAGCGAGCGCUGCAGAUGAUGCCAUGGACGGGGGGGCCCAGCAGAGCGGCAUCCGGGACCCCCCCGGGUUGGGCAGCGUGGAGCAGGAGGGGGAUGUGGGCGAGGGGCCGCCCGCCACCGACCUGCGCCGCUCGCAGCCCCUCUUCAUCCACAGCACCAGCCGGACGGUGUCAGAGGAGGAGCCGCGUGCCUCAUCGCUGCCCAACAUCCCCAACCCCUUCCCCGAGCUCUGCAGCCCUUCCAAUUCGCCCAUCCUCAGCAGCCUCCCCGGCGGGCAGGGACCCCCCCGUGAAGGCGCCUGCCACCUGGUGAAGGUGUUCAGCGAGGACGGGUCGUGCCGCUCGCUGGAGGUGUCAGCGGGCACAACGGCGCGGCAGCUGUGCGAGAUGCUGGUGCAGAGGACGCACGCACUGCACGACCACAGCUGGGCCCUGGUGGAGCUGCACCAGCACCUGGCACUGGAGCGCUGCCUGGAGGACCACGAGUCGGUGGUGGAGGUGCAGAGCGCGUGGCCCCUCGGUGCCGACAGCCGCUUCGUCUUCCGCAAGAACUUCGCCAAGUAUGAACUCUUCAAGAGCAGCGCGCAGUCCCUCUUCCCUGAGGUGAUGGUGUCCAGUUGUCUGGAGGCAAACAAGAGCAUGGCGCACUCGGAGCUCAUCCAGAACUUCCUGAACUCUGGGAGCUGCCCCGAGGUGCAGGGCUUCCUGCAGCUGCGCGAGGCCAGCCGCAAGGUCUGGAAGCGUUUCUACUUCUCCCUGCGCCGCUCGGGGCUCUACUACUCCACCAAGGGCACAUCCAAGGACCCCCGGCACCUGCAGUACUUCGCUGACCUCACCGAGUCCAACAUCUACUACGUGACACAGGGCAAGAAGCACUAUGGGACACCCACCGAGUUCGGGUUCUGCAUCAAGCCCUACAAGGUGCGCAGUGGGGUGAAGGGCCUGAAGCUGCUCUGCAGUGAGGAUGAACAGAGUCGGACCUGCUGGAUGGCAGCAUUCCGCCUCUUCAAGUAUGGCAUGCAGCUCUACCGCAACUACCAGCAAGCGCAGGCACGCCUGAGCCAGCACCCCUGGAUCACCCCAACACCACUGCAGAGCGUGUCAGACAGCGCGCUGGUGGCCAUGGACUUCUCGGGGUGCACGGGGAGGGUGAUUGAGAACCCCAGCGAGGUGCUGACAGCAGUGCUGGAGGAGGCGCAGGCCUGGAGGAAGAAGACGACGCACCGGUACAGCCUGCCUGCCGCCUGCCAGAGCUCCCCGCUCAGUGCUGCCAUCCAUCGCACCCAGCCGUGGUUCCACGGGCGCAUCUCGCGGGAGGACACCCAGCAGCUCAUUGGCCGCCAGGGGCUGGUGGAUGGUGUGUUCCUGGUGCGGGAGAGUCAGCGCAACCCCAAGGGCUUCGUGCUGUCCCUGUGCCACCUGCAGAAAGUCAAGCACUAUCUCAUCCUGCCGAGUGAGGAGGAGGGGCGGCUCUACUUCACCAUGGACGACGGACAGACCCGCUUCGCUGACCUCAUCCAGCUCGUGGAGUUCCACCAGAUCAACCGCGGCAUCCUGCCCUGCAAGCUGCGGCACUACUGCACCUGCGUGGCCCUAUGAGGCUGGCGCUGCCGGCGCGGCUUGGCGCGGCUCAGCAUGGCAUUGCCGGCAGAAAUUGGCACAGCUUGGCACGGCAUUGCUGGCAUAGGUUGGCACAGCUCGGCACCGUGCAGCAGCGCUGGCACAGCUCGACACAGCCAACACGGCACAGCCCUGCCAGCACACAAGGGCACCGCUCGCAGCAGUGCGCGCAGGGACGAGGGGGGCUCACCCCACACCCCGCUGCUGUGGCCCCUCACACUCUUGCACUUUGUCCCCCCCAGCGCCAGCCCCUCCAUUCUCACAGGGUCAUGGCUGCAGACCCCUCCGCCCCAUCUCCAGGGGGCUCGUGGAGAUGCCCCCCUCCCCAUCAGGAGGAUGCGGGGCUUGGGGUCCCCACCACACUUCCCUAUGCUCCCCCAAGGCCAGUCGAACUGUGAUGUGUUUUAUACAAAGUGAGAAUAAACGUUAUUUUUUCAGA